GGCCGGCCCUGGGGGAAGCGGAGACCUCCGGGGAAGGAGGCGGCGGCCCAGGGCCCGGCCGCCGCCCGGAACGAGGAGGAGGAGGGAGAGGAGGGGACCAUGUCUUCGAGGGCCCGCGACAGACUCUCUACCACCGACCGCGUCAUCAAAGCUGUUCCUUUUCCUCCAACUCAUAGGCUCACAAUAAAAGAAGUGUUUGAAGAUGGAAAACCUAGACUUGAUAUCUUGAAAAGCCAUUUGGUGAAGGAAGGUAGACUAGAAGAGGAUGCAGCCUUAAAGAUAAUCAAUGAUGGAGCUGCCAUUCUGAAAAAUGAAAAGACUAUGAUAGAAUUGGAGGCACCUAUCACAGUGUGUGGUGACAUUCAUGGGCAAUUCUUUGACUUGAUGAAAUUGUUUGAAGUUGGGGGAUCACCUGCUAACACACGCUACCUCUUCCUGGGAGACUAUGUGGACAGAGGUUACUUCAGUAUAGAGUGUGUGCUGUACUUAUGGAGUUUAAAGAUUCAUCAUCCCAGAACGUUAUUUCUGCUUCGAGGCAACCAUGAAUGCAGGCAUCUCACAGAAUACUUCACCUUUAGACAGGAAUGUCGAAUCAAAUAUUCAGAGCAGAUCUAUGAUGCGUGCAUGGAUACAUUUGAUUGUCUUCCUCUCGCUGCACUCUUAAACCAGCAGUUUCUGUGUGUCCAUGGAGGACUGUCUCCAGAAAUCAGUUCUCUAGAUGACAUUAGGAGAUUAGACAGGUUUAGGGAACCUCCAGCUUUUGGACCAAUGUGUGACCUGCUUUGGUCUGAUCCCUUGGAGGAGUAUGGCAGUGAGAAGACCAUGGAGCACUUUAGCCACAACACUGUCCGAGGGUGCUCCUUCUUUUACAGUUAUCCUGCAGUUUGUGACUUUUUGCAAAGCAAUAGUUUGUUAUCAAUAAUCAGAGCCCAUGAAGCUCAGGAUUCCGGGUAUCGAAUGUAUAGGAAGAGCCAGACAACAGGCUUUCCAUCACUCAUUACAAUUUUCUCUGCCCCAAAUUACCUAGAUGUCUAUAACAACAAAGCUGCUGUACUGAAAUAUGAAAACAAUAUCAUGAACAUCAGACAGUUUAACUGCUCUCCACACCCCUAUUGGCUUCCAAACUUUAUGGAUGUCUUCACAUGGUCUUUGCCUUUUGUUGGGGAGAAAGUCACGGAGAUGCUGGUUAACAUUCUCAACAUAUGCUCUGAUGAUGAGUUGAUUUCAGAUGGUGACGAAGCAUUGGAAGUAGGUGCAUCAGUUCGUAAGGAGAUCAUCAGAAAUAAAAUCAGGGCUAUUGGAAAGAUGGCACGAGUGUUUUCAAUUCUUCGAGAAGAGAGGGAAAGUGUGCUGACUCUCAAAGGGCUGACUCCUACAGGUACACUACCUCUGGGUGUCCUCUCAGGAGGAAAGCAGACCAUCCAGUUAGCCACAAUAGAAGCUGUAGAGGCACAGGAAGCCAUCCGAGGGUUUUCACCCCCACACAAGAUCCGAAGCUUUGAGGAAGCUCGGGGCCUGGACCGGAUUAACGAGCGCAUGCCCCCCCGCAGAGAUAAGUCCUAUCCUGAUGGACCGGUGGCAGUACCGAUGAAUUUGGUGUCGACCACAACCCGUGCGGUGAACAAAGGUGACACAGCCAAGAAAAGCCAGUAAUGGCUCCAAGCAGCUGCUGUGCUACCACUAAUGGAUCCAGAACUCAAAAACACAUUUUAUUUAUUUAUUAUUGGAAAACAAAAACAAACUGAAACCUGGAGGCACAUUCAUGAUGCAGUCUGCCUUUAUUCUGUAAGAAAGGUGACCAUUUUGUACAUUUUUUUAAUUUAUGUUCAAUAUAAAAAGUCCCAUCUUUUUUUUUUCCUUUUUCUUUGUAAAAAUUUUUAGAAAUUGGUCUAAUUGAUGGUAUACACAUGAAGUAUUGUGUUGUAAAGGUGAUACCUGUCCACUACUCCUCCAUCCUUUGUAUAAGAGGGCCUUUGGAAACGACAACCCUGAGUUUCUGAUUUGAACCAGUCAGCUAGUCCUCUCAUUUUUGAAAGGGACAUCUUUCAUUUAAGCUCUACUACUUUUUUGCCUAGGUGCAUCUGCUUCUUUAGACAUCUACUUCUUGGGAAGGUCUGAUAGAUUAUGGUAAGCUAAACCUGUUUCUCUGAUUGUGGAAAACUUGAUUGGGGUUUAACUUUAAAGUAGAUAACUCCAAUCCUAGAAGUAGCUUAAAGUCCAAAGGGUGUGUUUACCAUAAUGGCCUACUUUCUUCUGGACUCCAGUUCCUUUUACUGUAAUCCUGUGGAGCACAAAUAAUAAUCAUCAUCAUAAUAAAGGAUACUCUUAGGAUUACUUAAACUUGUCAAUUGAAAUACAAGCGUGAUUGGUUAAGACUUCCCUUAAGAUUUUGGGAGGGAGAAGUUUCUAGAAAAUCUCAUAUAACUACCUGUCACUGAAUGCUUUCAGACAUCUGCUUCCGUUUUUAUGCUCCACGUGAGUUGCUCUCCUCCUUCAAUGAAGAAACAGUAUUUCUAAAUGUUUUUAAAUGCCCUCUUCAAAACAUUUUUACAACUAAAAUCCUUUUCUCUAUUCCAUCACUGUCCUUUUCUUCUCUGUCCCCCUUCUGGGCAUCCUCCUUUAUUUGUUUCUAACAUUUUCUAUAUUUCUGAUGAAAACUGGGACAGUGGAAAUUGAAUCUAGGGUUGCAGGAUCCCCCUAUGAAAUGUAAACUUGGACAAACAACUUUGGUUUGGUGAAGUUCAAACAGAGAUUUUAUCAGACUCUGAAUUGACCACUUGACCAUUUUACUAUUUUUCAUAACCCUUGAUGAGUUGAACUCUAUGUGAUCAUCAUUAAUAUUUAUUGGAACUCAAGGGCAAGAGUUGAUAUCAUAAGCAGACGGCUUUUUCCAUCUGUCUGUACUUGUGUGACUUUUGAGUUCAUCAUCAACUGGUAAACAUAUUUUACAGGAUCCUUCAAGUUUCUAUUUUUGGCUAAAAGAAUGGUCUCUGGUGUCUUGCUUUAAUACUAUUACUCAGCCUUGCUGAUGGAUACAUUCUCAUCAGUGCUUAAAAAAUGAAAAUUUCAGAAAUUCCUUAGUCUCAUACUUUGAGUCAGUGUCACCUCAACAUGGAUGCAAGUAUCUUACAUAAUAAUAAUAUAUGUUGGCAGUUUUGAGGAUUUCAAGAGCAGGUGGGAGAAUACAAGGAAACUCCUUACUUUCAUUAGACAGUGCCCUGUUUUUCCCCCUAAUAUUUGUACUGAUCAUAUCCAGUUUUCUCCUUUAUGACAAUCGAAGAUCAUCAGGAUGUAUUUGACAGAUAAAAUGCUGUGGCAUGGAUUUUUCUGCUGGCGUGAAGAUGAUAGAAGUAGUGUAAAAAGGGAGAUAAAGAGUGUCUCUGUCUCUGAUUUAGAAUUUUGUAAAGGAAUUGGGGGAGGACACUUGAAAGCAAUAUCUUUUUUAUAUCCUUUGAGGAAGUUGAUCAACUGGACAAUCCUCAUACCUUUUUUCACAAUAUUGGAAAGGAUCACUGUCUUUGGGAAAGCUCAACUAAUAAAGUCGGAAAAUACAAUGAGA